UCCGCACCGCCGCCACCGCCGGCCUCUCCAUCACCGCCGGCCUCUCCAUCACCACCGGCCCCUCCAUCACCACCGGCCCCUCCGCCGCCGCCCCCUCCGCCAUGAACUCGCUGCUUUUUGGGGAGAUGGCCCGCGCCUUCUCCCCCACCGCCGCCUCCGCCUCCUCCUCCUGCCCGCUGGGCCCCGGCGGCGGCGGUCCCGCGGCGGCCGGGGGGGGCCCGCCGGUGACGGCGGCGCUGCGGAACGACCUGGGCUCCAACAUCCACCUGCUCAAGGGGCUGAACGUGCGGUUCCGCUGCUUCCUGGCCAAGGUGCACGAGCUGGAGCGGCGGAACCGGCUGCUGGAGAAGCAGCUGGCGGCCCAGCAGAGCGAGCGCGACCGCCGGCUGCGCUACAAGACCUUCUCCCGGGACCAGGCGGUGCAGACGGACGGCGGGACCCCGCCGCUGGUGCCGCCGCCGGGCCCUGGGCACGGCGCGCUGCCGUCGCCGCCGCACUAUGGGCGCCUGCCCGGCACCAUCUGGAGCUACACCCAGGUGCGGCGCACCGGCGGCGGCGGCCUGGAGACCGUGCAGGGCCCCGGCGUGUCCUGGGUGCACCCGGACGGCGUCGGGGUGCAGAUCGACACCAUCACCCCCGAGAUCCGCGCCCUCUACAACGUGCUGGCCAAAGUCAAGCGGGAGCGCGACGAGUACAAGAGGAAAUGGGAAGAGGAGCUGACAAGAAGGAUGAGCCUGGAAUCCAUGGUGGAAACCUUGAGAGAGGAGGCCCAGGAAGCAGAAGCUCUCCAGGAGGAGCUGAAUGAGAAGAUUGAGAGGCUGAAAGCAGAGCUGGUGGUCUUUAAGGGUCUGAUGAGUGAUCCCAUGACAGACCUGGACACAAAGAUCCAAGAAAAGGCCAUGAAGGUGGACAUGGACAUCUGCCGCCGAAUCGAUAUCACGGCCAAGCUGUGCGAUGUCGCGCAGCAGCGCAACUCGGAAGACGUUUCCAAGAUUUUCCAGGUGGCUUCCAAGAAGAAGGAGCGGAAGCUGCCGUCGGACGAGGAGCUGUCGGAGCAGGACGCGGACAACGGGAGGUUCUCGGAUGAUGAGGUCAGCUGCUCCCUCAACAUCACGGAUGAGAUGAAGAGGAUGUUCAACCAGCUCCGGGAGACGUUUGAUUUCGAUGACGACUGUGACAGUUUAACGUGGGAGGAGAACGAGGAAACGCUGCUGCUGUGGGAAGACUUCACCAACUGCAACCCCUCCAUUGACCUCCAAGGAGAGGAAGAAAACCUGGGAAACUUGAUCCACGAGACAGAGUCGUUCUUCAAAACGAGAGACAAGGAAUACCAGGAGACAAUAGGGCAGAUAGAGCUGGAACUGGCCACAGCCAAGAGCGACAUGAACCGGCACCUGCACGAGUACAUGGAGAUGUGCAGCAUGAAACGGGGCCUGGACGUGCAGAUGGAAACCUGCAGGAGGCUCAUCAAGGGCUCAGCUGACAGGAAUUCUCCAUCCCCCAGCUCGGUAGCCAGCAGUGACUCAGGAAACACAGACGAAAUUCAGGAUGAUUUGGACAGAGAGACGGACGUGGAGCCCAUGGUCAGCUGAUAGCAAGUGGGAGCAUUCCAGUCAAGGGGAAGAUGGAGAGAGAAGAUUCCAAACCAAUUGCUGGGGGAAAGGUGAAAGACUCGAGAGCCCCUGCAGAGGGACUCUGAGGACUCAUUCCUACACGCAUCCCCUCCCAGCCAAGGAUUGGUGCUGUACAUUUCUAUUGUUCUACAAACCAUGAAUGCAGAGUCCUGUAGGAAAACACGGUGUUUUAAUUGUGCCUUUGCCCCAAGCUGAGCCACUUUGAGCUCCAGUGGAAUAUUAAUAGCAGGUGUUUUUAUAAAAUAUAUUAUUAAAAAAAAAAAACAACCAAAGCUGGUGGCAGCAGAGGAUGGUGCUGCAGAGGCUCUGGGUACUUCAAUAAGCUGCUGGUUUUAUUGACCUGCUGCACUGAUUGGCAAAAGCAACAUUGGCAAAAAGAGCAGCAAAACCAAGACAAUUGUGGUGCAAUUACCAAUGUCUGGCACAAGAAAAAAAAAAGAAUUGCCUCCAAAUGGAACUGCAAACAUUUAAAAAUAACAGCGGGUUUGGAGACAGCUCGCAGGGUGAAGCAGUUCUACAAAAUUCAGAGGGUUUUCUUCAUCCCACCUUUUGGGGUGAGGGAGCCCUUGGGACAUGUCCAAGGUCUCUUCUGGACUCCAGGACCUGGAGGAGCAGGACUCAGCUCGGUGGCAAAGCAGGGGGGCACAGGAGGGGUCACUGGGGGGGACUAUCACUGAGUAACUUCUAUGCAAAAACAAAAAAAAGCUCGCCUUAUUUAUAUGGAAUGUUUGGUCUCUGCUGGGCUACAGUUAUCCCUUGGGAAAAGGAAAGCUAAACCCACAUUUGCACACUUAGAUGUCUGUAGAGCUUCUUUUGAGGUGGAAUGUUGUAUCACAACGCCUUUGUUUCCAGUGGUUGGAUUAGGAGGGGAGUCAGCCCUGGUUUGUGUCUUUCUUCAGGGCUUUUUUUUUUUUUAGUGUUUGCAGAUUUUCCUUUGCUGACAGAGAGAUAACUCUAUUUUAUGCUGCUUCCAUGAUGUGUAGAGCAGGGCAGGUGAAGCAUCAGGAUAAACUGACCUAGGUGUGGGCUGGAGACAGGACUUUGGGAGAGGUCCAGACCACUGUUCUUGGGGAAAGCUGAACACUGGGAAAUGCUGUAAUCCUUUUUAGGGCGUAGUAAACUGAAUCCCAAAGUGCUGCUGCCCUAGAACUGGGGAGGGACAGCCAUGUACUUUCUCUGUGAGAAAGUGGCAAGACCUUGGCUUUGCCCAUCUUUCUGCAUUUUUACCCAGGAGAAGCAGCAUCAAAGUCGGAUCACGCGGUGGUGGCUGAGGAAACCCCAGCCCCACCGAGCUCUUCACGGUUAGAGUGGGAAUUGUAGCACCUCAGCCAGGUAAAAACAGGGUAUAAACCUUAGCCAAUAACUUCUUGUUUGUUUUUAAACCAAGAUUGAGAGUGUAGUUGUUACUGCCCAAAGCCAGCUGUGGGGUUAAGCAGUGGUUGGAACUCAGAAUAAAUACCAAAUGUGUUGUUUUGCUGGCCAGGAAGCUUGGGAAGUGCUGUGCAGGAGCAGUGCUAGGGCUGGACAGGGAAAAUCCCGAUUUCUGCACCCUCUCAGUGUUAGGGAAAGGCAAAGCGGCCAAUCCUGGGAGCUUCCUGAGUGGUGUUCCCAAGCCUCUGGAUCUCUGGAGUUGCACUGCAAGCAAGCAGCCAGUGCAGAUCCGUGCUGCUCCAUUCCAUAAAGAGCACAGGUCUCUUGGAAAAUGGCUCAUUCCUGGGUGGGAACUCCUCAGUCUGGCGUGGCCAGGGAGGGGGCAGGACCUCGUGGGGUUCCUGAUGGAGCUGUGGGCACAGGAAUGUUUCCCCUCCUGUGCUGCUGCCUGGCUGUCAGCUCCAUCUCCUGCCUGGACACGGUGCAGCUUUGAAGCCAACGAGCUCCCUGCCUUUUCCAGGCUGGAAAGAGGGACCAGGAUGAUCCAUCAGCAUCCACAGCGUGCAGGGCAUGAGCCACAGCUGAUGGCUUCUGUCCAAGCCCAUGGAUCCAGGGGUAUUCCUGUGGUGUCCUUACUGGUGGCACUGCUCAGUGCAGAGUAGGUGACAACUCCUUGGAUCCUGGGGUGAGGGCUUUCCAAAGCCUGUCUGUCCUGUAAAUGUAGAUAACUUUUCUCUGGAAGAGAAACCUCAUUCCAAAGUGCUCAUUCCUGUUAUUUCUUAGGUGGCCAAAGUGGUAAAUGUGAUGUUCACUAGGGCUGCAAGCUGGGAGUGGGUUGUGGGGGGAUUUGAGGUAUUUUUUGGGCUGGGACUGCAUGUUUGAAGUCUGCAAUUUGAAGGGGUUUGAAGGGUUUUGAACUUCAGCUGCUCACGAGGAGCCUCUCCCAAGGCUAAGGAAGUGUCUGCCAUGUCUGGAUGUCUGUGAUGCUUCAGUGGCUGGGGCAGGCAUUGCUCAGCACAGUGAAUCAGCUCCUGGAGCCUGACCCUGGCUCCCUUCCCCCCAGAGCCUGCCCCUGGCUCCCCUCACCCUGAAAUGCUCCUGGCACCACAGCCCCAGAAUGUCGGGGUCGUGCCGCCCUUCCGCUCUGGGUUCGUUAUUUUCCAUUAAAACUGAGGUAGGAAAGAGGCUGAGUGUUCCCAAACCCAGGAGCUGUUUGUGCUGAGGUUAGGGAAUUCCCACAGCUGGAAUUGGGGUGUAGGGUGGGCAGGAACACCCGCAGUGGGGUGGGUGAGAGGGAUGUGGGGUGUAGUAAAGGGUGUAGAACUCAUGUGCACGGUGGUGAUGUGUAGGACAGUAGAGGUUCCCAUGGGUGUUGGUGUCUUUCUUGUAACCACAUGUAAUCCAUUUUUAAAGAAGAAAAGGUGUUUUCAUGCUCGGGGUCGGGGUUUAUUUUCAUUUAGGCUGGACCAGCCUUUUGGGGGCAGCUGGGGUUGGUCCUUGGGGGUUUCCCUGGGAGGUCGUUGGUUCCAAGUCCAGCCGUGCUGCUGCUCCUGCUCUGUGUGUGUGGCACCACUCCAGAAACCAGAUCAGAGCUUGCCAGAGAAAAAAAAAGAAAAAAAGGAAUUUAAUUGUAAAAAUGCUGGAAAUUAUCUUGAUGACCUCUUUCUUUUUUCCUUUGUAAAGCUGUAAAUACUUUAUUUUUGUUUUCUAUUCUUAAUGCGGUGUCAUAUUGACACUUUUUUAGAUUUACAGUCAGAAAAUCCUCCUCAUCGUUUCUCAUUUUUUAAAAGGGGAUUUCAAGGAAGCAAAUUUUUUUGCUCGCUAGCAGUGUAAUAAUAGAUCAAAUUCCUAAACUGGGUUUGUACAAAAAUGUUUUCAGUAAACAAAUGGCAGUUUGUGGAUGCAUGUUGUUCAAAAAUGUCCAAAGAAUAACGUGGUACAAAUGUUUUAAAGAAUAAUGUGGUACAAACAUGUUUUUCAAAACUUAGUGAUUAUCAUCUUAGUUCACACAAGGAAAAAAGCAAAAUUCUUAAAAAAAAAAUGUUUGGGGGGAAUGUAAUGAAAGUCAUCUAAGCUAAAUGUGUAAUCUAUUUAUAAAAACACAGUAUAUAUUCUAUUUUUAUCAGAGGUUUUUAAAGUGCAAACAGAUUUCUGUUGGCAGAUGCAAUCGUUCCCUUGUAAAGUCUCUUCUGCUCUAUGGGACCCCCAAAUUCUCUGAUGGUUCCAAGAGUCAACGUGGAAAUAACUGGGACAGGUUUGGCUGUGGAGCACUCACAGGUGGCUUCCUCCAGGGGAGGCUGCAGGCUCAGCAUCUCUUCUGCCUCUGCAGAAUUGUUGCUGUGAUUUUAUUCCCUUCCCUGUGAUUUUAUUCCCUUUCCCUGACUGGGAGGAUGCUCCUGGAAAGGGUCAGGACCUCCUGGAGCGCGGCAGAACAGGGGUUAAACUCUGCCUCAGCCUGCAGAAUAUAAAAAUCAAACAUAAAUUAUAUUUGUACCUGGAGAAAUUGGGAUUAACUCAACAAAACCAAACAACAGAUGGGAAUCAUGCCUGAAUAUGCAUCCAGAGCUGCUUCUGAAGUGAGAUUAUAUUAAUUUUCUUUUCCAUGAUCAUUCCUGCCAGCAAAACCACGAGCUGGCUGUGGAGGGGCCGUGGGUGCUCCCAGAGCUGUUCCCGGUGUUUCCCUUGGCCCUGGGAACACGGCAAGGAUGUUUGUGUUGGAAGAGCUGCAGAGCUGGGAGGUCUCAUGUUUGAGUGCUUCAUUUUAGAGCUGAGUGUUUAAGGAAUGAUUUAUCCCAGCUAAAUUAAGACAUCCCAGCACUUCCACGAGGCAGGAACACCCCAGUGAGGAUUUUCCACCUUUGGCUUCAGGACUUUUGGGGUUUUUAUCCUUCUUCUCGGCUGCAGGGGAGCACACAGCUUUUAAAGCUCUUUGCCUUUGGGGUUGCCACCCAAACGCUGGAUUGUAAGCUUUUUAGUGGGAUGUAAUUUGGGUCUGUUUGAGUUUUAACUGAGAAACAAAAUUACCAAGGAGGCAACAGGCGGUGUCCUGGUGGGAAUAACAGCAGAGGUGAGCUGGGAGCACUGCCUGCCAAAUUCUCCGUGGGAAUGGGAUGCCAGCCCCUCUCCCUGCAGAGGGAACGCUCAGGCCUCGGCCAGGCCCUUGGCAGAGCAGUGGAGAAGCACUUGAGCCUUCCCUUCUGUCUGUUUUCGUGCGAGUUCGGUGUCCUCAGACCCUUCUGCCUUCGCAGGAGCCUCUCAAAGCUUCUCUUUUGAAGGAGCAACAAAUGGUGUUUAAAUGUGGGUAUUUGAUUGCAGAAAUCACCAUUCCCCCCUAAUCUGAGGCACUCCAACAGUGACGCACUUGGGAAGGGGGCGCUUGUUGGUCUGGCCAGCUCCCUUUUUUGGGAAGUGAUGAUGUUAAAGCUUAAAACAACCCCUGGGGUGGCUUCAAACCGCUGUCAUCUCUGUGGCAGAACAGCCCAGACCACGGUGCCACAAACCCGGUGGAGCUGCCCAGACUGCCACCCCGAAACCCCAAAUUUCUGUUUUAUUGGAGAGGGUUUGAGGGCAGUCCAACCUCAGUCGCUAAAACACACUCCUUCCUGUGACCUGGUUUCACCAAAAAACUCACAAUCCAGUCUCUAAAACACCUUCCUGUGGUUAAAGUAAAUGUAGCGACCUUCAGCCAAAAAAGAUUAUUUAUUAUUUAUCGUGUUCGAGUGGGGGGGGUAUUGAUGCCUCUUCCCUCCUGCUGUGUCACUUCUUCAGUUCCUCUUUAGGUCACUUAAGAGUUUCUUUUAUCCCCACGACAACGAACUGCUGAUGGUGUGAGAACGCCCUUGGUUACCGUCCCCGUGUAAAUAUUGUGCUUUAUAUUCUGUAUAUUAGCUAAUUUUAAGGGAAAAGACUGGACUGGUGAUGCUGUUGGAUAACCCGGGUGGGGAAAGGCCAGAGGAUGAGCCAGCUCCCGGGCUCUGGGGCUGGAAUUCUGUGCUGGGAACCCGCAGCAGCUGGAAUGGGACACCACCAGUGGAUUUGGGACCAUGAAACGCUCCGAGAAUCCAAUCCACGGCAGGAGGAGCCCUGAGAACUCCCUCAGCCAGAGCCAGAACCACCCGCCCUCCUCUGAGCUCGGCGGAUUUGCUCCGUUUUCCUUUUUUUAGUGCCAAAACCGACCCCAUCACCCCCUCGUAGGUCUGCUGGUGGCUCUCCGUGUGCUGCUGCGGUGUCCAGCUGUGUCCAGCUGUGUCCAGUGGUAUCCAGCCGUGUCCAGCUGUGUCCAGCCGUGUCCAGCUGUGUCCAGCGGUGUCCAGCCGUGUCCACCCCUCCGUCCUGCCCGGGCCGGGGCUCGGCUCAGCCGGUGCCGGACCCCAGGGGCGGGAGCUGCCCAUGGAACAGGUCCCAGUCGGUCUCUGGUGACGAUGAAAUCCACAAAAAACUAUAAAAUAAAUACCGAACUCCUGGUUGAA